GAAGCGUGACUUCGCGUCGUUAGAAGGAGGGUUGUUCGUUUCCCCUCCCUUUCUCGUGUGUUUGCAGCAUGGCUAACUCAAUAAUAGCCCUUCUACUUUUUUUAACUCUCGCAAACUGCGAGGAACUACGACGUCUUAGUGAUUACAUCAAGCAUUUUGAACCGCUAGACUAUAAUCCAACUCAUUUUCAUGCUAUCCAUAGGCGAUCUGUUCUUGAUGGCUCGCACUACGAGUUGAGCUUCGAGGCUUUCGGCCGAGAGAGAAGAAUUCGACUUCGUAGAAACACUGGUGUAUUCACCAGCGAUGCCGUGAUCCUAAAUGGAGAUGGUACCCCACUAGAUAUAGACAUGAAUUCAAUGGUAGCGGGCGAAGUAGUUGGGGAGCCCGGUUCUGCGGUUUAUGGAACUAUGGAAGAUGGAAAGUUUCAAGGCAAGAUUCAAAGCAACACCGAAAGCUUCUAUGUAGAACCAUCGGAGCGAUAUUUUGAUAAACCUGAGUUCCAUUCCGUGAUUUACAGAAGCGAAGAUGUGGAAAACAAGGGCAAUUACGCUGAUAUGAGCAUGAAAAUGCCUGAAAUUUUGGAUCGGGAAAAGAGAGAUUCGGGCGAAGAUCGACCACGACGUGCAACGGAGCAGGAAAAGAAACUAGACAGUUGUACUUUAGCUCUCUACGCCGACCAUUUAUUUACCAAACUCUGUGGUGGUAAAAGCCGAGCUGUGUUCAAACUUACGGAGCACAUAACCGCCGUUCAGAUUAUUUACAAAAACGCUUUCAACACCACGAAUUAUGACUUGUAUUCGCCGUAUGGAAUAACAUUCCGUGUGAAGAAAAUGGUAAUCUAUGACGAGCAAGAUGUUCCAGACAAAUACAAAGAUGAUAACCUAGCAAUAGAUGUGAUGCUCAAUUUGCUAUCAUCAGACGACCACAGUGAUGUCUGCGAGGCUUUCAUGUUCACCGAUCGUGAUUUUGAUAAUGGAAUUUUGGGCCUUGCAUGGAUCGGUAAACCGAAUUUUCUCGGAGGAAUCUGCUCUCGAUACAGCAAAGUUGGAGGGCAGUAUAUAAGUUACAACACUGGCGUUGUAACAUUGAAGCUAUAUAGACUGUUCACACCGCCUAAAGUCUCCGAAGUCACAUUUGCUCAUGAACUGGGUCAUGGGUUUGGAUCUGAGCACGACCCAGAAGACGGAGAUUGCUCGCCAGGUGGUAAGGAUGGCAACUAUAUUAUGUAUAGCAAGGCGACAUCUGGCGAUCGCCCCAACAACGAUGUAUUCUCGUCAUGCAGCCUGAAAGCAAUCCGUGACAACAUCAAUGACAAACGUGGCGACCCCAAAUACAGUGGAUGCUUUAUAUCCGCUGACACUCCUAUCUGCGGAAACCGCAUCAUUGAGGGGAAUGAGCAGUGUGAUUGUGGUGACGAAAAUUCUUGUAAGGCUGAAGGAGGAUGCUGCAAUCCCCCAGGACACCCUCAGGCGUGCCGUCUGACACUACCAGCUACAUGCAGUCCAAGCCAGGGUCCAUGCUGUGGUAGAGACUGUAGAUAUGUUGGCAACGACAUCAGCUGUAGAAACAAGACUGAUUGCCUGGAUAAAGCAAUGUGCAGCGGUAGCUCUGUAGAGUGCCCUAAGUCUGUCUAUCAGCCAGAUAACACAGUAUGCGACAAAGGGCGGCGUGUGUGUUCUGUAGGGGAAUGUGCUAAGUCUAUCUGUACCAAGUAUGCCCUUGAGGAAUGUCAGUGCACAGCUGAUAAUGAUCUGUGUACUGUUUGCUGCAAAGAGCCAGGCAAGGACAACACUUGUACACCAACGCGGGAUAAGACCCAGCUUCCCAAACAGGUCCAUGGUCUCAUGAAGUCUGCUGGUUCUCCAUGUGCGAAUAUGCACGGUUACUGUGAUGCCUUUGCUGUCUGCCGAAGAUUGGAUCUUGAUGGCCCUCUUAAACGACUUAAAGAGAAGUUUUUCACUGUCAAAGGCCUAAAGGAACUUGUGAAGGAGAAGUGGUGGGCUAUUCUUCUUGGAAUCAUAGCCGCAAUAGUUUUUGUGGCGCUGUUGGUGUUUUGCUGUGCUCGUUACACUCCCAGCAGUAACCCUAUCCGGGAGAACAAAAAGCCCUCGAAGCCCAUGCCAGGUCGACGCAAGAAGCAAGCAGCACCAACCCGCCAAUUACAGCCGCUCUCAGACCAAGCAGAACACACUGUGUAGGGGUUAAGUUAAAUGGUUAGACACUUUUUUUCAAUUAGCCUGCUUGCAGGCGGUACUCGAUGUUAUCAUCGCGAAAGACCGUUCGGUGAUCGGGCGCCAUCUUGUAUUUUAAGCCGCGUGGUUCCGGAAGGCUCAACCCGAUCACCAAACAGAGAGGGUUUCCCACAAUAAUAACACCGAGUACCGCCUGCAAGCAGGCUAUUUUUCAAGUCGCAUUUUCCCUGUAAGUAUAAAUCUUUAGUCUUUUUGAAAGAGUGUAGUUUUGUUAACUUGAAACCUUAAAGUACACCAAAAAAAAACACAGUUUGAGUGAUAGCGCGGAGCUUAAGUUUUCGGGGCUCUGUACUAAAGAAGUCACUUGUAAGUCAGGACCUCUAGAAGGGAAGGAUCAGUUAUUGUACUGACGAACCCGAUUUAAGCCGCAUUGUCACCAGUUUACUUCCGGUCGAUUACCUAACAACAUCCGAUGAUUUUUAACGGAAAACGCGAAAAAUAUUUCAAAAUAUUGAAGGCAGUUUGUUUAUUGGAAGUUUUUUUGAGUAUGUUAUUGAUAAUUGAGAGCGGAUGGCCUGUUUAAUAUCUCGGAUAUAAUAGAUUCUUGUCUUUUAACGGUUCAGGUUUCCGUCGGGCCUCCGGAAGUAAACUGGUGAUGGUGCGGCUUUAAGGUUUGUAGUUGUUUUUAAUAGUUUCCUGAAAUAUUGUUUGUGUUGUUUUUUUGCACAGUCGAAAGUUGGUUAAGCUUUCAUUAGUUAAUAGGCGGCAUUCAAAAUCUUCCCAAGACUAGAAUAGCUGAAUCUAGAAAUUGUCACUUGUUGUUAUAUUUCUUUAAUUAAAGUGGCAAAUUGUCUCACGUUCAUAAAACUCGGAUAUUUCUGAACGGGUAAGAGAGCUUGUAUUAGCUUGGAUUAACGUCCAAAGUAAGACUUGUUGUAUUGUAAUUUAUUUAAGCCGUAGCAUGCUAGCCGGUUCUACGGAGAUGAAAUCCCGAAUCUCCGGAGGACCGGCUUGCAGGCUACUUAAGCCGAAUGUAUAGGCACAUAUAGGAGGUGGUCCGGGUACUUCUUCUGAGUGAUCCCACACAGUGCUAACUGAUGAGAUGAUAAAGGGCCCAGUGUUUGUCUGUGGGAAUUCAUAGUCAAAUGCAAUAACUCUCUUGUAGAAGACAGACUUGUAAAACAAAGUUGAGAAACUCGUAAGGAUAUUUAUAUUUUCUUGUACUUCUUUUGUACGAGUUCGAUAUCUUUGAAGGUAUUUUAAUGGCUUGUCAUGGAGUAUCGGAUUCAUACAAAACGACUUGUAAAAUUCGUGUAAAAUUUUUUAAGCAUUAAUUUUUGUAUUCUAUUGCAGUUAUGUACUCCAAUAAAAAUAAAUAAUAAAGUUCUUGAAAA